AUGGGACAGCGAGAAGCAGCUAUAAAGCUACAAAUUUCCCAACCGUUAUUGUGUAAAUUAUUAAAAAAACGAGUUGAAAUAGAAAAUUCAGCAACACUUAAUAAAAAUCCAAACAUAAAGAGGAUACGCAGUGGGAAAGAAGAACAGGUUGAAUCAGCAUUAUUAUUAUGGUUUAUUAAUGUUAGAAAAAAUGAUGCACGCAUUAAUGGUCCAAUAUUGCGUCAAAAAGCUGAAGAACUUGCAAAAAAAAUGGGUAUAGAAAAUUUUAUUGCCUCAGAAGGAUGGUUUUAUCGCUGGAAGAAACGAGAAAAUAUUGUUUACAAACGAACGUACGGAGAACAAAAAGACGCAGAUUUCUCGGCAGCAGAAAAUUGGUUAAAAACUGAAUGGCCAAAAAUUAUUUCAGAAUAUACGCCCGACAAUGUUUAUAAUGCUGAUGAAACCGGGUUAUUUUAUCGUGCCUUGCCUGAGCAUUCUUACUUAUUAAAAAAUGAAAACGCAAAAGGCUGUAAGAUAUCAAUAGAGCGCAUCACUGUCCUAUGUUGUGCGAGUAUGUCAGGUAAAAAACAAAAACUUUUGGCAAUAGGGAAAAGUAAAAAUCCUCGUUGUUUUAAAUCUGUAAAAUGUUUACCAGUUGAUUAUUACGCCAACAUAAAUGCUUGGAUGACAUCAGUUAUUUUUAACGAAUGGUUAAUAAAGUGGGAUAAAUAA